CAUUUUCGAGUUUUAUCUUUCGUUCCUGUCAACUAAAAUCUGGGGCUAACAAUUUGUACAGUGCAUCAACAAAAGAACAAACAUGUCACAAAAGACUUACAGUAAUAAUGAUCAGUAACAGUGUUCGCUCCACUUUUUGACUUGUCAGAUAUGUUCUUGAAGCUUUCUUCAGACUUCUUGUUGUGAGGCUUUUUCUUCAAGAACAAGAGGAGCUUUUGGAUUGACACGAUUUUUACAGAUACAUAUAUCUGUAGAUUUUGAGAAUCAAAAUCGAGUCAAUUCAGAAUCUCCUAUUGUUCUUACGAAUCCGGUGGCCAAAUCAAGAACAAGAAACCAAAAUGGUUAGAAAUAGAAUCAAACAUAGGAAUGAUCCACUCAAGACUCAACGGAUCCAAAGCGUUGAUUAUCAGAUCCAGCUCCAUACAUUUGCCGGAGAAUUCGUCGGAAUACACAUCGGAAAACUAUAUACUGUAUAUAUUUUUUUUUCCAAAGCACUUCGUCAAAUUGUGACAGGUAUAUAUGGUAAGGUGUAAAAGAGAUCUUUUGCUUUUUAUUUGGUAAAGUGUUUUACUAAAUGUGAUUAGUUUAUGGACCAAAUUAAAAAGAAAAAAAACAUUAUCUUUGAUGAGGAGAGAUCAGAUUCUAAAAAAUGCUCUCUCAUCAAAACGCAUUUGACAUGUGAGAGAGAGAGAGAGAUGAGUUUUAUUAGUAUUAAUCUUUCUCUAUCAUUGAGCUAUUAUUACUCUCCUCAAACCCCAAAAAAGGUUUCAUUUUUAACCCUCUUUUGAGAAUUUUUGUUUCUGUCCAGGUUGAUCCAAAUCAUUACUUUCUGUGGAAAAGUUUAGAUUUUUACGUUCUUCUGAUCUAAAGUUUCCAUUUUUGUUCUCUGGGUUUUGUUGUUUUCUGAGUUUCCUUCACGUUGAGAACAACCAAUCUUUUAGUCUUCCACGGAAAUUAAAAUUUGAGUGAAGUUUCUACUUUCUAGCUACUUUGACCCAAUCUGUUUGUUCUCUCUCUCGUUUUCAUCGACGACUCUGACUUUGUUGAAGAGUUGGUUUUAUCUUUGAUCGAAACCCAUAAGAGAAGAAGAAGAAGAAGGAAUCUGAUCUGCAAUUUUCUUACAGGGGAAUCUGAAAGACAGAUGGGAUCUUUCAAGGGUCAUGCUUUCCCAGGUACAUUGUUCUUAGUGGUUGGAGUAUGGCACAUUUGGAGCUCAGUUGUUCGGUUCAUAUCGAAUCCUAGUUCAUUUCGGGUUCGAGUUUGGCACCCUGUUCCUGGUUUUAACGAUAGGAUCAAGUACUUGGAGCUUUACGUUGUUACCAUUGGCUCAUUCAUUGACUUGUGCAUCGAGUUUUUGUACUCAACUCAUCUCAAGUUCUUUGUUAAUGGUGUUCUGAAUCCUUCCCACAUGAAUGAUUUCGAGCACUCUGGGAUGCUUCUCAUGUUCUUCAUGCUCGGAUUUAUUGCUCUGCUCUCCGAGAAAACAAGGUUACUUCCUCUGCCACAAGAAGCUCUGUGUCUAGUUGCUGCAACAGCUUUUACAGCAGAAUGUCUUCUCUUCUUCUUCCACUCCACAAGUCACAAAGGUCUUGAAGGUUAUUAUCAUCUCCUCCUUGUCUUUCUCAUCGGUCUCUGUGUCAUCUCCUCAAUCGCAGGAGCAAUCUGCCCUACGAGCUUCCCAGUAGAUCUAUGCAAUGGCAUUGCAAUGACUCUCCAAGGCCUCUGGUUUUAUCAGACAGCUUUCACUCUCUAUGGCCCUAUGAUGCCUGAAGGCUGCAGUUUAAAACAAAACUCUGUAGUUUGCAGAUCAGUCGACUCUGAAGUCUCUGGAGAGUUUCUAGCUAAUUUUCAGCUCUUCUCUUUGGUUCUUGCUGUUCUUGCCUGCGUUGUGGGUUCAUAUGUUUUUGCAGCUUCAAAAUAUGGAGCGAGUAGAUGAGACACUUAGCAAGUAGUAAUUAGAAAAUUUGUUCUUUUCAUUGUUACAGAGUUUCAGAAAGAUAUAAAGAAAUUGACUUCUUUUUUUUU